ACAGAAACAGAAAAUACAGAACCAUGACAGUUUUGGUGGCCUACAUAGUCCAGAUAUCUCAAAUUUAGACUCAUUGGUCCAUAAAACCUUACUUCACAACUCAGGUGUCCAGUGUUUGGUGUACAAAUUGAAAUUUUCUCUGCUUUUAUUUCCUUUUUUUGAACUGUAACUUGUUUGCUGAUUGGAAGGAAGAUUUAAAAGUGGUAGUAGGCUGCACAAAAGAUUCUGAUAGCUUUCAUAUGUUGUAGUUAAGGCUUUUCUGUAAUGUUCUGUUAAAUAUACAUUUGUUUAUGUUUUAUGCACUAUUGUCAUGGGAAGAUACAAUUUAACCUGAAUGCCUGAUUGACUACAAUUUGAUUAAAAUGAACAAAAUGUUCUUCUCCGAAUUUCACUCUACUGUUUGACAUACUUUUGGAGGGUACUGCAUAUAUACAAUCAUCUGAUAUUGAGACCAAAACAACAAUAAUGGAAGUACCCAAGGGCUAUUUAGGUACCUAGAUACUUAUCCUCCACUACAUUAUAUAUAAUGUGGUAAAAGUAAACAUCCAUAGGUUAGACUGAAGCACAGAUCGGAUGAUUGUGCCUAGUGUGGGGUCUGAUUCUGCCAACUCAAAGAUUUGUUAAUUUACUAGAAGGCCAUGAUAAGGUAAUAAGGGUGCAACAUUACAAUACUGAAAAUUGUUAUUAUGUCACUCUCGGGACCUGGGAAUAGCCAGUUCAAAAUCCAGGAAUAGUUUUAUGUCAGGUUAGAAAAGAGGCAAAGCUAACUUUCUCCAAAUCCACAACUUUUAUACCUGUACAAACCUGCCUGAAUCUUUUCCUUCUCUCUUUCUAUAUCUUUUUCAUUCCUUUAGCAGGGACCCACAGACCGACUGAAAAGUGUGUGGCAGGGUUUGGAAUGACGUCCCCUUCACCGAGCGGCUACUUCUUUAAAAACAGAUGGUCUUCGUCCUCCUGCCGGACGAGCAACUUCUUCAGUGCGGACGCCAUCAGCAGAUGUCUGAAGGGAAGGAACCUGAAACUCAUGGGAGACUCCACUGUGCGCCAGUGGCAAGAGACACUCCUUAGAGUGCUAAAAGGUCUGAAAUAUGUAAAACCAUAUGAUACUCAUUACUAUGCCCUGGCUGCGGACCCACAAAUGAACAUCACUGUCCAGUGGAAGAUGCACGGGCAUCCUUUCGUCACUGGCUACAACGUGGUCAAAGAUGCCGUGGGGUACGUUGCCAGAGAAGUAGACAGAGUAGCGGUUGGCGACGUGGUGGUCAUUGGAGUGGGACAGCAUUUUAGGCUCUUCCCUCUGGAGAUCUUCGUCCAGAGGCUGAUCAACAUGCGUAAGGCCAUCCUGAGACUCCAUGAACGCAGCCCCCAGACCCUCGUCAUCAUCAAGCUGGAGAACACCAGGGAGUUUCGCUCAGAGAUGACCCACAUGAGUGACUGGUUUGGCCUUGUGCAGAACCUGGCUCAGAGGAAGGUGUUCAGAGACCUGAAGGUGGUGCUGGUAGACGCCUGGGACAUGACAACAGCCGCCAACACCUUCGCCAUCCACCCUAACAGCAUUAUUGUUUCCAAUGAGAUAGCCUUAGCUUUGUCACACCUCUGUAAUGAUUAA